AUCAGUGGGCUUUCCUGGAAGGAAUAAUUUAUUAUUUUCACGGCUACAACGUUCGAUGUGGUUUCGCGGCCUAUGCAGCCACCGCAACAUAAUGUGAGGCAAUUUCUCUGCUAACCGUGUCUUUAAUUUCGUUUGUCGAUUGUCUAACAUCAAGGUUAUUGUCCUCUAUUUUGAUUGUCAUUCCAUCGAGAAAGCCGAUCCAUUUCUAAUCCAUUUGGGAAUUAUCUUUUAAUAAAACAAAUACGCUAAUCAACCUUGGAGUUCUCAUAAUAACGAUCUUUAUUAUAUUAAUAAAUAUAUAUUUACGAGUAGACGACUCGAGCACGAAAUAAUGAUCGAAAUUACCGGCAUGUUUUAAGUUCAUUAUUUUCAUUUCCGUUCAAUGUAUUUCCGAUUGAUCGCUGAGAAAGAUUAAUGAUCGCGCUCGGUAAUCUAAGUAUAUCCUUAACGAUUUUAACUAUUCCAUUUUCCAUUCUCCGAUGGUCAUAACGUGAAAGUAGAAAAAUAAAAAAGAGUAAAGGAAGAUAAGUAACAUAUAUCGAUAUGUAUAUUAUAUAGUGUUAGGAUGUAGGCUAUUCAAAAUGAACUAUAGUAUACAAGUAGUAACUUACGUAAAGUAAGCACGAGAAUCUAUGGUUAAAGAAAGAUAAUAAGAAGGAGAAGAAUAAGAAGAAGAAGUAAAAAAAGAAGAAGAAGUAGACGAAGAUUACCUCGCGUUGUGUCUGACGCGCGCGCGACAGGAUGUAGGACCGCUUGAAAGAAGCGAGCGUCGUCAUACUUGCUGCACAAAGUAUGGGAAUCCGUUUGUUAGACGACGACGAAGACGACGAAAACGACAACGAAGAGAACGAAGACAUAUUUUCGCGUCUAACGACAUUAACGGAGAUUUUUUCUAAAGUGUAUAAUAACGACGUGUAAAUUCGUUCACGACGACGGAGAAAGGAAGAAAAUUGAAUGUAUGUUGCCACCGGUUCUACAGAAAGACGUCUAUCGAACAAGAAAUAAAAGUGCGGGUGUUUGUCAUCUUAGGAAAGAAAAUACCGUAAUCGCGGAAAAAGCAUUGGAAACUUUCGAAAUAAGUUGAAAAAGAAAACGUGCGUUUUAUAAAAGAAAAUUACGGUGCAUCCUGAUAUGUAAAAUUAAAUUACAGGAAACGUUGAUUCGAUUUUUGCUCGUUUUCACGGACGAACGACAAGACGGAUCGCACGAUGCUUUAUGUCUUCGUAAACCCGUAGGAUGGGCUUGAAUUAGAGAGUGGAAUACGUAGGAAGUGCCUCGCCGUGAAAGCCGAGAAAUUCCACGGACGAGUCCACAUUCCCCGAGAAAUUCUAAUUUCAAUUACGAUAAGAUAAAUUGAUUACGAAACAUUGAUUGGUUAAAGAAAGAUUCGAUAUUUGAUCUUUUUGAAAUUUUUUUGCAAAAUUGGAAACCAGAAGAACCUUGAUAUUAUCAUGAUUCCUUUCUUUGUGAAUAAUGAUGAGCAAGAAAGUCGUAUGGCUUUGGGGAGUGUUCACGAAUGGGCCUCACGAUGAAACUAUGAAAUUAUAUGAACGUAUAACGUUCCCACGUACGAAUCGUGAGAAUAAUUUAUGGACGUCCUAUGCGCAAUAUCUUAAUAAACUCGGUUCAUAAAAGCGCGACUUUAGUCCUUUCGCUGCUUGAGGAAGUGCAGCACUCGCCGUUCCGUAAAUGCUACUUUCGAGUCGUUGCCUCGACCUGUAAUUACGCAAGUGUAAACACUAUUGCAGGAGAAGAACAAUGUAAGACAAGAAUUACGAUAACCUCGUCGAAAAGGACAUGAGGAAAACGUGUGAACGAACGUUGUCACACACAUAUAUACAUACGAACACAUACACAUAUACAUAAUAAUUCUUUUUUCUUCCAAGAAAAUUUGUUUUGUAAAAACAUGUGUUGUUUCUUUAAUAAUAUACAUAACGUGCUAAAAUAUAGAUUAUGUGUUUCGAAGAAAAGAAAAUUGAAUAUAAAAGAACAGUUAUAUUAAAUGAUCGGUGUUACAAACAUUAAAAAAUGAUUGCUACGUGAUUACAUUGGAAAGUGUUACGUAUACCAAACAAAAGAGCACGUUUCAAGGUCAGUGCUAUUGCAGUCAUACUAUUCUGUAAUCCCAAGAUCCCACGACCUCCAGUGAUCGAGUCAUGCUGUCGUGUUAGUAGAAUAGUAAAAUCUUCCAUGGUGUAGUAUGUUAUGUGUAAAGGGAAUGAUAUAGUUUUUUAUUCAAUUAAAAUUGAAAUUACAAAUGUGCGGAUUCAACGAACGAAAUAUAUGAUACCGUUUAUUACAUGAUUCCUUGAGGGAAGAUAAAAAAGUUAUUAAACAAGGUAUCAAAUAAGUUUAAAUAUAAUGGGAAAUUCAAGAUCGCAACCUUGUCGACGCAAUAAACCGCUCUAUUUAUUAUAUCUCAUUCAUCGUACUUGGUCUAUGGUUGCUGAUCAUCGAAAGACUCAAAGUCAUUGCGAUGAUAUCGAUCGAGAAACAGAACUGUCGUCAAGAUGCAGCGGCUGCAACGAUUGUGCUUAUCGACAGGACAGCCUUGGAUUCGACAGCGAAUCGGACAUGGCGCCAAAUGCAGAGGAAGAGUUGCUCGUUGUGAAGCCCUGGGGACCACAAACGGAAAAGGAACCUGGUCUGAGACCACCAACGUACAACGCCGAGGAUUACGCGAUCGCAUUGAGACGAUGGGGAAGACGACCUCUAAGCACUGUUCAGGAUUCACAGGAUACCUUGCCGUCUACCACCAGCUCAAGUUCCGGUUACAUUUCCGGAAGUGCAGGCGAGAUGACACUCAGACAAUUUACAUCGGUUAGCGAACUACUAAACAAACUUAGAGCUGAUCUUAGGCUGGCCUUUCCAAGUUUCGUUCAAGAAUUUGCCUCGCCACCGGCAGAUGGAAUAACUUUAUUAUUGGAGACUCUUCGUGGAGUACAGUUGGCUCAAAGUUCACCACCGACGUCCGGACAUGUUGGGCCAAGAGUCGGUACCAGAAGGGCUGCUCUGGACGAGUUAGGAUGCGUCGAGUGUUUGGCCGCCUGCGGUGAACGAUGCGCUGAUGCACCACGGCUACUAGUGCAAGCUCAACCUGGACUUCUUGCUCUGGCGGUCUGUCUGACGAGUAGUCUGAACCGGUCUCGUGUUCUGGCUCUUCAGUUGCUGACGAAGGUUUGUCAGACUGCAGGUGGACACGCCGCAGUUUCCGAAGCUGUUUCUACAUUGAGGUUGAAAUACGGCGAAGGUGGAAGGUUCAGAUUUUUGGCUGGCGCACUUCUAGCUCCCAGAGCUGCUAUCGCUCUGAGAGUGGCAGGAGUAUCCUUCUUGAAUGCUUUCUUAAAGUCAGCACCUCGUACGCAAACGAGAUUAUACAUUCAGGCGGAGGCCUGCGAAGCUGGACUAGAGCCGCAGGUACUCCAAGAAUGGUUGAGAGAAUCGGACGGUCGAGAGGAAGAUACAUUGACUGAUCUUUUGCGUAAGGAAGUCCAGAAAUGGGCACAAAAUUGUGUCGAUGUAGAUGCCCUUCAACGAAGGGUUCUACGUGCCGAAGAAACUUGUAGAAUUUUAAGCAAGAAGGUCUCUGCUUUACAAAAUCAGCUCGAGAAAUUGCAAGUGGAGAAGCUCAACAAUUAUAAUACGAAAAAUCGCGAUAAUAUAUCCAGCGGAACAAUUCUUGGUAUAAAUAAGACGCAAAAGGUAUCGUCGAACGCGGAAGACGAAGGUAUUAGUUCGUCAGAAAGAUCGAGCAGUCCAGAAGAUACAAAAAAUCAAUCUCAAAACGAUCAUCAGAAGAUUACGACGAUGCAAGAUAAUGAUCAGGAAACGACGAUCGAUGAUGUUAUUGAGGAACUUAGGAUCAUCGUGAAAGAUGCUGAGGAAGAGUUCAGCGAUAAGAACCAAGAAAGAUCUGCGGAAUUGGAUUCAAAUGAUCCAGCUUUCGUGAAAAAUGCCCUUUUCAGGCCAAAUUCCAAACUUUCUUACGACAAUUCCGAUGUCUGUCUCUAUGAGCAAGUCUCGAAACGAGAUCAGCAAACUGAUCGAAAGAUCUUUAAUACCAAUUCUGCUUCGAAUGUAUUACAAAGUUGUCAGGAGAAAGGAGAACAAGUUACUUAUUUUGGUAACGAUCCUGAUUAUAGCGAUAAUUCGAGUGUCACUAGAAGACUGAGCUCGGAUGUAUCACGAAGGAUCUCAAAAUCUUCGUUGGAGGGUAGCGUCAAGAUAGUCGUCAAGGGACCGGACGUCGAAGAUGCUAUAGUUCCGACAAUUCUUCAUCCGCAACCACCGCGAAGAACGCCACCGUGUUUAUCGGCAUUAAUGGCGGUGAGGCACUGUAAUUUUGCCGAUCACAAUGAACCUUACAACUCUCACGACGAAGAGCUCGAGGAGGAAACUUUAGGUGAUGGUAGUGAUUCUUUGCUAAGUGCUUCUAGAUUGAAGUACAACGAGAAGAAUCAAUCCUAUGAGGAACACAUCAGAGAGACCGCUGUGGUUGAACAUUUUCAAAAGAGAUCCACGAACGGUUUAUUGUCAAACAAUAUCACCGAUAAGAGUGCUAAAUUCAGGAAAAGUUUCGACGAUCUUCGUCAUUUUGGAAAUAAUGGAAAUAAUUUAGAAGGAAAAACUAUAAGAAAUUAUGAACCUUCUGGUUCAUCUAAAACACGAAUACCAGCUGAAAAUGGAUCGAUUAAACAUGUAGAAUAUAGACAAUUUGAAACAUCUUCGAAAGUAUUCGAUUUCUCGAAGCAUCAAACAGAUCGUCAAUCUUCCGUUCAUCGACACGGUUCUAAGUAUAGGAGCGAAGUGGAAAAGAGGAAGCUUCUACGCAGAUCGACAAGUCACGAUUAUCUAGAUUCGAAUACAUCAACACCUUGUUCGAGAAGAUCGACUGGAAGUCGAGUAGAGUGUCGUAUAAGAAAAUUCGAGAGUUUAAACUCAUUUGAUGAACAUCGUAGUCUUCAGAGUUACGGUGGACCCGGCAGUACCGAUAAUUUGAACAAGCAACAUCAGAAUAUCACAGAAGAUUUCUCCAAGUCCAAGAUGAGAAGAUCCGAAUCCUUUCAUCAUGUGUCCCAUAUCGCUAGAAAGGAUCAAUGCUCGUCGAGAGGCGGAAGCGACAGUGGAUUAAUCUAUAUUACGGAUUAUAAUCUUGAUCCGCUAGUUACUCGAAGACCACCAUCUAUAGAGGUACCCAAGUCACCCAACUUGCUUACUAAAUCGUUGGAUAGAAUAGACGAAGGCUUAGAUUCAAUGGUUAAUAUCGUUAUAACAGAAGAGAAAAACGAAUGGAACGCAAAUAGACAUCAACCGAAGUCGAAUAACAGUCGUAAUGACAAACAAUCAAUAAAAGUUAAAUCCAAUAAAUUGGAUAAUUCGAAAAGUAAUUACAUAGAUCGUGAAAAGCAAAAAGUUAAAAAAGAGGAAUUAAUGGUAAGAAAUAAUCAUUUAUUGAACGAUGAAUUUUAUAAUUGUCAUAUAAACAAUAAGCAAUUAAGGAAUGACGAGUUGUAUGAAGAGCAGAGAAAUCGGCAAUGGAAUUAUCAGAAGGAAGUACAAUUAGCAAGGAGGGAUAAUGAAAUUGGUUCCGAAACUACACCCAUGGAAUUAUCAAAAUCCGAAGUCAAACAUAAUUCUUUUGGCCAAAACAAAUCUACGAUCAAUAGGUUUUCAAAUAAAUCAAACGAUUCUGGUAUUUUCGCUGGGCGAACCUAUGACACUUUUGGACUUGGUAAAAAUCGAUUUAACGCAGGAAAAUAUUCGGGUGAUCAACGCAUUAAAGAUAAUCCAUUGGCCAGACGAAAUACCACCUCAUCCAUAAUUGGUAAACGUGGUAAGGUUACUGAUGUUGUUUCAGGUUUAUAUUAAAAUCAUUAAAUCGAUAUUUUUAUAGAAUUUAUGAAAUUCAAAUUGAAUUGUUGGAAAACAUUUGUUUAAACGACAUAAAGACUAAUAUAUUUUUUUAUUCCUAAUUAUUAAAAUUUGUAAUGAACCUAACAAAUCCUUGUGCAAUAUUUACAAGUGUUCGCGAAAUCAUUCAGAAAUUAAUUUAUAGAUAUUUGUAAGCAUUACAAAAUUAUGUGCAUUUAUACUACGAUGAUUAUGACGGUGAUGGAGGGAUCUUAAAUGCAUCAUGCAAUAUUUUGUUUUCAUUGCAAUCACAUUUGCAUGUAGUAGUAAUAUAACUACAACAAAGACUGUAUCCUAUGCAUAUUUAAGCAGAAAUGUAAAUAACAGCUUGCUAGAAGAUAUAAUAUUUGAUUGAACAUGUUAUUUCUAUAACUAAACAAAUUUCGAAGUUCAUGUAAUUCUUCGAAAUUAUUAAAUAGAACGGCCAGAAAUUUCGAUAUUGCGCUACUGUAACUUUGCUUUUAAUUUAUUAAAUUUUCAUUAUUUAAUGUAAAGAGCAUUAAACUUACGAUUAUCUGCAAUUAAUAAAAGAAUGACAUUAUAUAAUAACUAUAUUUCGUAUCGUAAAUAAAAGACAGAUAUUUAGAUGAUUCAAUGACUAUAAUAUCAUACACUCUCACAAUCUGUAUAUUCUAUUUUUUACAUGAAACAUGUAAGUUGAAUUAUUUAAUAUACAAUUACUUGAAUGCCAUAAUGCUCUAUUAAGUUUUGUACAAAUUAAAGAUUUGUGC